AUCGUGACUGGCGCCGCGUCCGGCAUCGGCCUCGCCACGACGAAUUUGCUCAUCGAAGCUGGAGCGUUUGUUGCCGCGGUCGAUUACAAGGGCCACGAGAAUUUACCCUCGAUCGAUGCGUUGCUUCCGGUGCGAUGUGAUGUCAGCGAUCUCAGCCAAGUGAAGUCUGCGGUGGCGGCUGUCCUCGAGAAAUGGGGUCACAUCGAUGUACUGGUGAACAACGCCGGGGUGAUGGAUAAUUUUGCUGGGGUCGAUGACACUUCGGAUGCUAUGUGGCAACGUUGCAUGAAGAUCAACUUGGAUGGCGUGUUCUUCUUCAGUAGAGAAUGCUUCCCACACCUGAUCGUACAUCCCAACCACAAGGGAGCCAUAGUAAACGUUGCCUCGGUGGCUUGCAAGCUAGGAAGCAUGAGCGGAGCGGCGUAUACUGCCUCGAAACACGCCGUGAUCGGGUUGACGAAGAACACUGCAAAGCACAAUAAGGGUAAACUGACAUGCAAUGUAGUUCUACCGGGAGCAACCUUAACGAACAUCUUCGAUAGCCUCGUCGGCGGACGUGACGCGAUAGACCCCUACGGUCAGUCCGUAGGCCAAACUUUGGACGCAAUGAGGCCCAAAGACUUCGUCCAACCCGAGGAUGUCGCUAGAGCGAUCCUGUUCCUGGCUUUCAACCCGAUGGUGAACGGCGCCGUGCUGGAGGUCGACAAUGGAUGGACAGCCUAA